AUGGAGAGAAUUCAAAUGUCAGAUACAGGAGAAUGGGUUCAGCAGUAUUCAGCAAAUGAGGAAUAUCAUCCAUUUGUAGAAGCACUCUUGCCUUAUGUAAAAGACUUCAGUUAUAUUUGGUUUCAUUUGCAAGCAAGAAAACGGCGAUUUACGAAAAAGAAUGAGAAACGUAUGUCAGUCUUCGAUGAAAAAAAAGCCAAAGAUGAUUUAAUGAACGAAAGUGCUGAGUUGAAGCAAAAGUGGGCUGGAAGAUUGCUUGGAAAACUUCGUCGUGAUAUCCAACCCAAUUACCGUCAGAAUUUUGUUUUAUCUGUAACUGGUCGCAGACCUGCUAUUUGCGCUGUAUCAAAUCCUGAUCAAAGAGGAAAAAUGCGAAGAAUCGAUUGUUUGCGGCAAUCUGAUAAAGUCUGGCGUUUGGAUUUGGUUAUGGUCAUAUUGUUCAAGGGCAUACCACUGGAAAGCACUGAUGCUGAACGUCUCGAAAAGUGUCCUGAAUGUGAAAAUCCAUCUUUGUGCGUUAAUCCAUAUCAUAUAAGCAUAGCGGUUCGAGAACUCGAUUUAUUCCUGGCUAAUUUUAUUCAUACAAAUAAUCCUGAUCGUCCAGAUGAGGAGGAUGAAGAAGAUAUCGAUUCCGGUAAGGUUUUUAAUAUGCAAUAUGAUGAACCAGUCGAAAAACGUAGCCGCCAUGCCUCUCGCGACAGUAUAGGUGGUGUUAAUGAAGAGGUUCACCAGUUGGUUGGAAAUAUUCAAGUGGAAAUAAAAAGAGAAAGGGAAUCUGGUAGAGCUAAUUCUGGGCAUAUUGUCAGGUAA